ACCCUAAUCAUAAUCACUUCAACACUUGACUUAAAACCCAAAAUCUCACUUCAAAAAUUAACACACAAAACAAUAAUAAAAAACCCAGAAAUAAAGUUGCAACCUUUAUCGAAUGUGUAAGAUUCUUGAAAAUUUGUGAUCUAAAGAAUAAUAUAAUAAAGAGAAAGAAUAGAAGUAAUGGAGACCCGGAUAAGAUCUGGGUUUUGGGCUGUGAUUUUGAUUGCAGUUUGUUGUAUAAUAUUAAGUGGGUAUGUCACUUCAGUUUCUGCAGAGACUCAAAGACCCAAAAAUGUACAAGUUGCUUUGAGGGCUAAGUGGCCUGGUACAUCACUCCUUCUUGAAGCUGGGGAAUUACUCUCUAAAGAAUGGAAAGACCUUUACUGGGAGUUCAUAGAGGCAUGGCUAAGUAAUGAAAGUGAAACUACAGAUCCAUACACUGCCAGAGAUUGCUUGCUGAAAAUUACUAGUUAUGGCAAAUCACUUGUGACCGGACCAUUGACAUCAAUGUUUGAAUUGUCUCUUAUUCUUCGAUCUUCAUCUCCAAGAUUAGUACUUUAUCAGCAAUUAGCAGAAGAAUCUCUUUCUUCACAUCCAUUAUCUGAUGACGUUAACAGCAGUUAUAUUGAUGGAGGUGUUUCUGAAGUAAAUGAAGUGAAAGAAGGCAAAAAGGCCGAUUCUUUGCUUGUAGGUGUCAAUCCGAGAAGCCCUGGAGGGAAGUGUUGUUGGGUAGACACUGGUGGGGCCCUGUUUUUUUAUGUCCCGGAGCUUUCAUCAUGGCUUCAUAAUCCCCAUAAGGAUGGAGAUAUAUUUCAGCAACCCGAACUUUUUGAUUUUGACCAUCUUUACUUCGAUUCAUCUAUUGGAAGUCCUGUUGCUAUCUUAUAUGGAGCUCUUGGAACAGACUGCUUUAGGGAAUUUCAUAGGAGCUUGGUGAAAGCAGCCAAAGAGGGAAAAGUUAAGUAUGUAGUCAGGCCUGUGUUGCCUUCAGGGUGUGAAUCAAAAACUGGUCAUUGUGGAGCAACCGGGACAAAAGACCCCUUGAAUUUGGGUGGUUACGGUAUAGAACUUGCAUUAAAGAACAUGGAAUAUAAGGCCAUGGAUGACAGUGAAAUAAAAAAAGGUGUGACUCUAGAAGACCCUCAUACUGAAGAUUUAAGCCAAGAAGUUAGAGGGUUCAUCUUUUCUAAAAUUUUGGAAAGGAAACCGGAACUAACAUCUGAAAUAAUGGCUUUUAGGGAUUCUCUCUUGUCAUCAACAGUAUCUGAUACACUUAAUGUGUGGGAACUGAAGGAUUUAGGACAUCAAACUGUACAAAAGAUUGUACAUGCAUCAGAUCCUCUCCACUCAAUGCAAGAAAUUAAUCAAAAUUUCCCUAGUGUUGUCUCUUACUUGUCUCAUAUGAAGCUCAAUGAUUCAAUCAAAGGUGAAAUACUUGCAAAUCAGCGAAUGAUCCCACCUGGCAAAUCCUUAAUGGCUCUGAAUGGGGCUUUAAUUGACAUCGACGAUUUAGACCUUUUUCUCUUACUCGACAUGGUCCAUCAGGAGUUAUCUUUAGCUGAUCAAUAUACAAAACUGAAGAUUCCUUCAGGCACAGUUAGGAAGCUUCUUUCAACUCUGCCUCCUCCUGAAUCCAAUGCAUUUCGUGUUGAUUUCCGUUCAGACCAUGUUCAGUACAUCAAUAACUUAGAGGUGGAUAGCCGGUACAAGCAGUGGCGGAGUAACCUAAAUGAGCUUUUAAUGCCCGUAUUUCCUGGACAACAACGCUAUAUUCGCAAGAACCUGUUCCAUGCAGUCUAUGUGUUGGAUCCUGCCUCCAUAUGUGGACUUGAGACAAUUGAUACGAUUGUCACUUUGUUUGAGAAUAGUCUUCCAGUAAGGUUUGGAGUGAUACUAUAUUCUAAAAAGUCGAUUGAGACACUUGAAGCAAAUGGUGGAGAAUUCCCACCUUCUUCUCUUGAAAGUGAUGGUCAUGAGGAUCUCUCUAGCUUGACCAUACGCCUUUUCCAUCAUAUCAAAGAAAGUCAUGGGAUGCUGAAGGCUUUUGAAUUUCUCAGCAAUGUAAACAAAUUGCGCUUGGAGUCAGGGGAGGAAGAUGAACCUGUGUUGCACCAUGUAGAGGGGGCAUAUGUAGAAACACUAUUGCCAACAUCUAAAUCCCCACCUCAAGACACGUUAUUAAAGCUUGAAACGGAGCAAUCAUUCCGUGAAUCAUCUCAGGAGAGUUCCUUGUUCGUGUUCAAGCUUGGCAUGGGAAAGUUGGAAUGUUCCCUCUUGAUGAACGGGCUUGUCCACAGUUAUAACGAGGAGGCUCUAAUGAGUGCAAUGAAUGAUGAGCUCCCGAGAGUCCAAGAACAAGUUUAUUAUGGGCAGAUCAAUUCCCGAACUGACAUUUUGGACAAAUUUCUAUCCGAAAGUGGUAUCCAGCGCUUUAACCCACAGAUUGUUGGAGAUAAGGCGAAGCCUAAAUUUGUUUCCCUGACUGCAUCAAUUGUUGGAGAUGAAUCUCUGCUAAAUACUAUCGAGUAUUUACACUCUGCUGGAACUAUUGAUGACUUGAAGCCUGUGACUCAUCUCCUUGCUGUUGAUAUCACAUCAAGAAGAGGGAUUAAGCUACUUCAUGAGGGAAUACGUUACCUGAUGGGAGGUUCUGCGAAUGCUCGAGUGGGAUUAUUGUUUAAUUCGGAUUUUGAUUUUGAUUCGAAUAGUUUCAUCUUUAUGAAGACUUUUGAAAUCACAGUCUCUUCAUAUUGUCAUAAGAAGAAGGUUCUAACCUUUCUGGACCAAAUAUGCUCGUUAUAUGGCUCUCAAGAUUCUCAAAGCAGUCAAGCUCUUCUCGAUAAGAUUUCUGAACUUGCUGAUGCAAAUGGAAUAAAUUCUAAAGGACUUAUGUCCGCUCUUUCGGAAUUUUCGAUCGCAAAGUUUAGAAGUCAUCUAAAGAAGGUGGGUCAAUUUCUAUAUGGACAAGUGGGGCUUGAAAAAGGCAUUAAUGCAGUCAUUACUAAUGGAAGGGUGGUUCGUGUCCCAGAUGGUGUAACAUUUUUAAGCCAAGAUCUGCACCUUCUUGAAUCUGUAGAAUAUAAGCAAAGAAUAAAGCAUGUGGCUGACAUCAUUGAAGAGGUGACAUGGGAGAACGUCGAUCCAGACACGCUUAUGAGCAAGUUCAUGAGUGAUAUAAUAAUGUCUGUCACAUCUUCACUUUCUACACGGGAUCGAAGCUCUGAGAGUGCCCGGUUUGAAAUGCUGAGUUCAGAUUACAGUGCUGUUGUUAUUGGUAGUGAGAAUUCUACCAUUCAUAUAGAUGCUGUUAUUGAUCCUCUAAGCUCUUCUGGUCAAAAAGUAUCUUCACUUCUUCGGAUACUGUGGAAAUGCACUCAACCAAGCAUGAGGCUUGUGUUCAACCCAAUGAGUUCCCUUGUGGAUCUUCCACUGAAGAAUUACUACAGAUUUGUAACUCCUACAAUGGAAGAUUUCAGCAACCAUGACUUAACGGUUCAUGGCCCUAAAGCAUUUUUUGCGAAUAUGCCACUAUCGAAAACUCUAACCAUGAAUCUCGAUGUUCCUGAAUCAUGGCUUGUUGAACCAGUGAUUGCAGUUCAUGAUCUUGACAAUAUAUUGCUCGAGAACCUUGGUGACACAAGGACCCUGCAGGCGGUUUUUGAACUUGAAGCUCUUGUUCUUACCGGCCACUGUUCAGAGAAGGAUCAUGAACCUCCACGAGGCCUACAAAUGAUACUUGGAACUAAAAAUAAUCCCCAUUUGGUUGACACACUUGUGAUGGCCAAUUUGGGUUAUUGGCAAAUGAAAGUGUCACCCGGAGUUUGGUACCUUCAGCUAGCACCUGGUCGAAGCUCUGAUCUUUACACUCUGCAAGAUGGAUCAGAAAUGAGCCCAACAAAGCGCAUCACCAUAGACUACUUGCGAGGAAAACCCGUUCAUCUUGGAGUGGUGAAGAAAAAAGGAAAAGAACAUGAACAACUACUGAUUCCUUCUGAUGAUGAUUCUACAAGGAAACAAGAUGAGAAGGAUACCUGGAAUUCUAAUAUUUUGAAAUGGGCGUCUUCGCUUAUUGGUGGCAAUGUGCAGUCAAAGAACAGUGGAACCGCUAAAGUGGAUAAUAUAAACAGUGGGCGAAAGGGUAAAACAAUAAAUAUAUUCUCUAUUGCUUCUGGACACUUAUAUGAGCGUUUUCUGAAAAUCAUGAUUCUAAGUGUUCUGAAAAACACAGAACGCCCAGUGAAAUUCUGGUUUAUAAAGAAUUACCUUUCACCACAGUUUAAGGAUGUGAUUCCACAUAUGGCAGAAGAAUAUGGUUUCGAGUAUGAAUUGGUUACAUAUAAGUGGCCCAGUUGGUUGCAUAAACAGAAAGAAAAACAGCGAAUUAUUUGGGCAUAUAAAAUUCUCUUUCUUGAUGUCAUUUUCCCUCUUUCUCUCGAGAAGGUUAUAUUUGUUGACGCGGAUCAGAUUGUUAGAGCUGACAUGGGAGAACUUUAUGACAUGAAUUUGAAAGGAAGACCUCUUGCUUAUACCCCAUUUUGUGACAACAAUCGGGAUAUGGAUGGUUUCCGGUUUUGGAAGCAAGGCUUUUGGAAGGAACACUUACGAGGAAGACCGUAUCAUAUUAGUGCAUUGUAUGUAGUCGAUUUGAUCAAGUUUCGGGAAACUGCAGCUGGAGACAAUCUGAGGGUGUUCUAUGAAACACUUAGCAAAGAUCCAAACAGUCUCUCUAAUCUUGAUCAGGAUCUGCCGAACUACGCACAACACACUGUACCCAUCUUUUCUCUUCCACAAGAAUGGCUAUGGUGCGAGUCAUGGUGUGGCAACGCGACAAAAUCCCGUGCUAAAACCAUCGAUCUUUGCAACAAUCCAAUGACCAAGGAACCAAAACUUCAGGGUGCCAGAAGGAUCGUAACCGAGUGGCCAGAUCUUGAUCAGGAAGCAAGACAUUUCACCUCAAAAAUAUUAGGCGAAGCCGUGAGCCAGGUAGAGAAGGUUGUUAUCCCUGAGGCUCAACCACAAGUACCCGAAGAGGACCUAGAAACAAGAGCCGAGUUGUGAAUACUUAACCGAGAGGUGCUUACCUUAAAAGGUGUUUUGAAACAGUCAACCCGUCUCAUAAAGAAAGACAACAUUUGGUGGUCUUCAUGUUCUAACAGGACAUUCAGAUGAGAUUUCGUUUCUAAAUGCAGGAAUGAUUAUCUGUCACCCAGAAAUCUAAUUAAGAAUUUAGAUAUUAUUAGGUUACAAAAAACAAAAUUUGAUUAGUUUUGGUGACCAGUUUUGGCAUUGGAUUUAAUACCCAAAUGUAGAAUUGAAUGUAAGUCAUAUUUUAAUGUUCUAUGAUAGAAUAAAACAGCUUUAUUGAGGUUGUACUAA